AUGUGGGAGCCACGCGCUGUUUUCCGUGCUCUUCCUCUUCUUCUUCUUCUUCUUCACUCGGUGUUAGCUCUGGUCUCUGCUAAGGGAUCAAACAGAACCACUUGGAACACUCUCGGAGGAAAACCACCAUUGGUUAUAGCACAUGGUGGGUUUUCAGGGAUAUUUCCUGAUUCCAGUUCAGAUGCCUUUAAUCUUGCAAAAAUAACUGGUUCAAAAGAUCUCAUUUUAUGGUGUGAUGUGCAAUUAACUAAAGAUGGUGCUGGGAUUUGCUUGCCAGAUAUCAAGCUUGAAAAUUGUACUGACAUUGCUGAAGGCAUUUAUGGAAAUAAUAGUAAGAGUUACUCAGUUAAUGGUGUAACAACCCGCGGGUAUAUUUCUGUGGAUUACACCCUGAAGGAGCUAUCCAAUGUGUUCUUGAUUCGGGGAGUACUGUCUCGAACUAACAAAUUUGAUGGCAUGUUUGAUAUUCUUACCGUCGAUGGCUUAGUUAAAGAAAAAUUAGGCUUGUGGUUGAAUAUUCAGCAUGACGCAUUCUAUGCACAACAUAAUUUAAGUAUGAGAAACUUCAUACUUUCUGUUUCUAGAAGAGUAAAUGUCAAUUAUAUCUCAUCUCCUGAAGCUGGUUUCCUAAGAAGUAUAAGAACUAAGCUCAACCUGAGAACAACGAAACUGGUCUUCAGGUUUCUGGGACAUGAUGAAAUAGACCCAUCAACCAAUGAGACUUAUGGUUCCCUCUUAAAAAAGUUAACAUUUAUCAAGACAUUUGCUUCAGGAAUUCUUGUUCCCAAAGGAUACAUAUGGCCUGUAGACACAAAUCUUUAUCUGCUACCGCAUACCUCUUUGGUCUCGGAUGCACACAAAGUGGGGCUGGAAGUCUUUGCGUCAGAUUUUGGGAAUGAUUUUCUAUUUAGCUAUAAUUACAGUUAUGACCCUCUUGCCGAGUACCUCCAUUUCAUUGACAACGGAUACUUCUCUGUUGAUGGUGUGUUGUCUGACUUUCCCCUAACAGCGUCUGAAGCUCUAGGCUGCUUUGCUCUCAUAGGCGCCAAUGCUCCAAAGAAAGUUAACACUUUGGUCAUCUCAAAAUAUGGAGCAAGCGGAGAUUAUCCCGCCUGUACUGACUCAGCAUAUGAAAAGGCUAUAUCAGAUGGUGCAGAUGUUCUUGACUGUCCUGUUCAAAUGUCAAAGGAUGGAAUACCAUUUUGCCUAAGCUCCAUUGAUCUUAAAGAAAGCACAACAGUCGUCAAAUCAAGUUUCAUCAAACUUGACACAACUAUCCCAGAGAUCAAAUCUGGCAGUGGCAUAUUUACAUUCAACUUGGCAUGGGAUGAUAUAAAACACUUGACCCCCUCAAUGUUGAACCCUUAUGCUUCUCAAUACAGCAUGUAUAGGAACCCAGAAUAUAACAGGAACGUCAAAUUUUUAACAUUGUCAGAUUUCUUGAACUUGACAAAAAGUCAUACUUCCCUAUCAGGUGUCAUGAUCAUCAUCGAGCAUGCCGCCUAUCUAGCAGAGAAGCAAAGCUUAAGUGUGACUGAUGCAGUCAUUGAUACUUUGACCAAAGAAGGUUAUGAUAAACCAGGGUCUCAAAAAGUUAUGAUUCAAUCCACUAAUAGCUCUGUACUACUGAAGUUUAAGGAGAAAACCAAUUAUGAGCUUGUCUACAAGAUUGACGAGAUAGUUGGUGAUGUUUUAGAUUCAGCUGUUAAGGAUAUCAAAAGGGUAGCUGAUUCUGUGGUUGUUGACAAGAAGUCUGUAUAUGCUGUUGAAAUUUCCUUCCUGACUGCCCCUACAAACACUGUGUCAAAGCUCAAAUCUUCUAAUCUGUCUGUUUACGUAGAAACCUUCAGCAAUGAGUUUGUAUCUCAGACAUAUGAUUUCUAUGCAGAUGCAACAGUGGAGAUCAACACAUUUGUUAAUGACCAAAAAAUUGACGGAAUCAUCACAGAUUUCCCAAAAACAGCUAACAGAUACAGACGGAACAGAUGCUUAAAUUUGGGUGAGGACACACCUCCUUACAUGAAACUUCCUCCAAUUGGUGGUCUUUUACCUAUCAUACCUAAAAAUCAGGUGCCACCAGCUGAGGCUCCAGCCCCUCCCUUGACUGAAUCUGAAGUGAUAGAACCACCUUUGCCUCCUGUUUCUAAAACAGCCUCAUCUUCUAGCCCUGUUGCUGGAACUGUGCCUGAGACACAACCACCAGGAAAUGCCCAGGCUAAGGUCACUGUCUGCUUCUUCUUGUCCAUUCUGGCUGUGCUUGUAGCUUCUCUUCUGCACUGA